UCCAUUGGCGAAUCCUGGGGUUUACCGUUGCGGCCCGCAAGACUCGGGGAAGGCAUCAGAAGCUUGUUAAGACGGCCGGUCUUCCCACAUCUCGAUACACAUUUCUACCUCUGCUCUGCAUCCCUCUCAUCGAAAGCCUGACAACCCAAACAUUUGUCAACAUGGUCCGUCUCAGUCUUUUGGCACUCGCUGCCACCACGCAGCUGGCCCACGCAUGGCUGCCCAACGACGGCACCAGGAAGCUCUUGGAUACCCGCGGCUUCAGCGUCUUUGACAACCAAAACACCACGUCUGACGACUCUGACGGCGUGAGCAAGCGUUGGUGGACGGCUUCCGGCAAGAUCAGGGGCGUCAACCUGGGCUCCCUGUUCGUCUUUGAGCCCUGGAUCGCCAAUAACGAGUGGAACACCAUGGGCUGUGGUGGCCAGCAGUCCGAGUUCGACUGCGUCAUGAACACGGGCCAGGAGAGGUCUGAUGCCGCGUUCCAGAAGCACUGGGAUACGUGGAUCACCGAGGGCGACUUGGAUGAGAUGAUGUCCUACGGCAUCAACACCAUUCGUAUUCCCGUGGGAUACUGGUUGGAUGAGUCGUUGGUUGACCAGAACUCUGAGCACUUCCCAAGGGGAGCUGUCAAGUACUUGAUCCGGCUCUGCGGCUGGGCUAGUGACCGCGGAUUCUACAUCAUCCUGGACCAGCACGGUGCCCCGGGAGCUCAAGUGGCGAAGAACUCGUUCACUGGUCAAUUCGCCAACACCCCUGGCUUCUACAAUGACUACCAGUACGGCCGGGCUGUCAAGUUUCUCGAGUUCCUCAGGAAGCUUGCCCACGACAACAACGAGCUUCGCAACGUCGGCACGAUCGAACUCGUCAACGAGCCCACCAACUGGGACUCUUCCGUGCAGUCCCUCCGCAGCACGUUCUACAAGAACGGCUACAAUGCCAUCCGCAACGUCGAAAAAAGCCUCGGCGUCAGCGCCAACAACUACUUCCACAUCCAGAUGAUGUCCUCGCUCUGGGGCUCUGGCAACCCGACCGAGUUCCUCGACGACACCUACUUCACCGCGUUUGACGACCACCGCUACCUCAAGUGGGCCAACAAGAACGACGUUCCCUGGACGCACGACAGCUACAUCUCGACGUCAUGCAACGACAACCGCAACGGCGACGCCUCAGGCCCGACGAUUGUCGGCGAAUGGAGCAUCAGCCCGCCCGACGAGAUUGAGAACUCGGACGACUGGAACCGCGACACGCAAAAGGACUUUUACAAGAAGUGGUUUGCGGCGCAGGUCCACGCCUACGAGAAGAACACCGCCGGGUGGGUGUUUUGGACGUGGAAGGCUCAGCUUGGAGAUUACCGUUGGUCCUACAGAGACGGUGUUAUUGCCGGAGUCAUUCCCAGGGACCUGAACUCGAUUGCCAGCUCGGGCGUCUGCGGUUAGGAGUCAUCUUUGACAAUAUAGACGAGGAACGGGAGAUUUGACAUGCAUUCUCAUUGUAGAUAUUUCCAUACAUACAUAAGCAUUUGAACGUGUAAAUGGCC